AUGGACGACGACAAUAUUGCCAAACGGCGCGUUGGCCGACCGCCCAAGUACGACUGGAGCGAUAAAAAGGAGCUGUGCUUCCGCCUCUACGUCGAGGAGAAGAAAUCCGGCGCCGAGAUCGCCCAGUAUUUUGCAGAGCGUCUGAAUGUCGCGCCCGAAGACCUGCCAUGUCGGCGGAGUUUCUUGCGACAGUUCUCGCUAUGGGGCUUCAUGCCGCACAAGAAGAAGCUCACCGCGGAUGAUCAAGAUGCUGCCGCGGCUCGCAUCAGGGAGCUGUGGGAAGCAAACGUCAAUCAGACCGACAUCCGUGCCACWUUAGCUGAAGAAGGAUGGUCGUUAAGCCGACAUGACUUCUACAAGUUGUGGGCAAAAGAUGGCCUCUCUCUCCGCAGUGAUCGAGGAUUCAAGACCCUUGGCGCCGAUGGAGCUGUCAAGAAGACUCGCAAGAGACGUGCCACCCACGACGCGGAUCCGUUCAUGGCAGAGCUGGAGGCCGCUGCUGCACUGCAUGAACCCGAAGCAAAUGCAACCUACGACAACGCCGACGAGCUGAUGCCCUCUCUCGAUCCCGAGCAGGAGAUGAAGCGCAUCCAGCGCUUGAACGACCUGCAAAGGGAAAGCGACGAGAGGUUGCAUUCGGGAAAGCGCCGUCGCCGGAUUCGAGGCUACGGCCACUUUCCUCCAGAUGCGCCUGAAGUUGAGCCUCGCUAUUCCUCAGAGACCACGCUGGACGAGUGCAAAGCAUUCUUGCAUCUCACUAACGAGCACUAUAUCACCGUGCGUAAAGACUACCAGACCAUCUGCGAGGAAAUGGGCAUCWUCAAGAAGACCGAAUGUGCAGACGGCAUGUGGGAGGAGUCCAAGCGGCGCCUCAUCCGCGAGAACAUGCAUCUUAGUGCGAUGCUACAUCCCCUUCAGCCAGAACAGGAGAAGAAGACCAACGCACUGGACUGUAUAUGCAUGGACGUCACGAAACGUAUGCGGGUAGCAGGCAAGGCCAUCACCAUCGCGGAGGCAAACAACUUCCUCGGCAUCAAUCCACGGGAGAGCAAGGCUAUCCGACGAUCUUUGUACGAGAUCUUCACGGCCGAAAAUUUCGAGUCUCGACUUUUCUGUGGUGAGGAGGGAUGGAAUCAGCUUCGACAAAGAUGGAUCGACUCGAAUCCGAAACUGGGACAAGCUCUAGCAGAAGGAGUGCCGCAAAAGGCUCGAUCUGUGGAUAUCCUCUGUCGUGACACGAUGAAAAGAUAUCAGGGCGAUAAGAUUAAGGUCGGUGCUCGGCUCCUACCCUCACGGCAGAAUGUCAAUCAUGGUCCUGGACCGGGGCCUGCUUGGGCCGCUCCAGCACCACGGUCUAAAAGCAUCAUCAAUGCUAAGACUGCCGGGAGUGGUGAAGGUUCAACGCCAACGACUCAUGUUCAUACCCAGAUGCCCUCUCAAGAGCUUACCCACAACGGCUUCGGUGAUGGGAAUUUCAACUUCGACCUUGACCCGGCGCUCUCGGCAUCUCUCAUGCAGCCACCUUCACUACCAACGAUCAAUGCAUAUUUCAGGCUCGGACAGGGAUCGCACAUCAUAGGUCAUCAUCCCAAGAUGUGGCUAGGCAAGCUGGUAUCCCCCACAAUGGAGUCUCUGAUUGCCAAUGCUACAAGCAAAGCGGGAGCCGCCACGGUUUCGAACAUUAGCGGCAUCGUCAAGAAUGCGGACGGCACCGAAGACAGCUGGGUGAUCGAGACGACCGAUGAACUUGAGGUUUACCUGUCCGAAGCCAGCGAUAAACCAAGUUUCUCCGUGGUGCUAAACGGUGGAUAUGCUUGA